AAAUAAAUAAAAUUUCUGGAAAUUUGGCGGCGACAGUUUCCUUUGGAUUUCAGAUUUCGUGAGCUUAUUCUUACCUUUCUCUCGAAGGAAGCUCUCAUCUUUUCACUCAGAUCACGUUCCCUGUAAGAGAAUCGAUCAAACCCAAUUCGAGAUUUUUCUUAUAAUGUAUCUGAGAUUCCAAAGUUUUGGAUUUGGUGAUGUUUUUCUUGUGAAGUUUUCUGAUUAGGGAUUACAAAAAGUCGAAUCUGAGAUUUGGGGGAUUUUAAGCGAUCCUGUUUGUGUUGAGUCUCUUUGCUUGUCUCCCAAUUAGGGUUUGUGGUGGAGCUCUGUUUGAUGUUCUGAAUUUUUUAUAAACGACGAUUCAAUGGUUGGUGACUUAGCGCAGAUGCAUCGGUUUGUAAUUUGCUAGGGGCUUAUUCGCUUGUAUCUGUUGAUAUACAAGAUGGCAUCUGCGACUCUGAGAAGGCGGCUUCAUCACGGGGAUGUAGAUGGGAGGAAGUAUGAACGUUAUGAUGCAACAGACUCUGAAACUUUAAGCGAACCUUUGUUAGGAAGUAGUAGUACUGAUAAUAGUAGAGAUGAGUACAAUGAGGAGCGUACUCUGGAGGAUAUUUGGGAAGAAGAACGGAAGAGACAGCAAGUUCACUGGACGUUGAUCUUUUCUCAGUUGAUUGCACAAUGGGCUCAGUGGAUAGCCAAAAUUGUCUUUGGAUCUGGCUCACUUUUUGGGAGGUUUCUUCUUCCUACAUUUGGUCAAAUAGGUACUGGUGGGAGGCUAUUGCCACCGCCUCUUAGUAUGUUGCAGGAAGAAAGGCUGAGAAACAUUAAGCGAAGAAUAGAAAUCCCAUUUGAUGGAUCUCGAAUGGAGCAUCAAGAUGCUCUUAGACAACUAUGGAGACUAGCUUAUCCACAGAGGGAACUACCACCUCUUAAAUCUGAACUCUGGAAGGAAAUGGGUUGGCAAGGAACAGACCCUUCAACAGAUUUUCGAGGUGGAGGAUAUAUAUCACUGGAGAAUCUAAUCUUCUUUGCGAAGACCUAUCCGGAAUCUUUCCAGAGACUGUUACAUAAACAAGAUGGAACAAGGGCCGAAUGGGAAUAUCCUUUCGCGGUGGCUGGCAUCAAUAUCUCAUUCAUGUUGGCACAAAUGUUAGAUCUUCAAUCAGGUAAACCAUCAACAAUAGCCGGAAUAAGGUUCUUGGGAUUUCUGGAAGAAGACGAAAUGGCAUUCGAUAAUCUCUACUGUAUAGCUUUCCAAAUGAUGGAUGCACAAUGGCUUGCUAAACGAGCUUCUUACAUGGAAUUCAAUGACGUCCUGAAAUCGACGAGAGCACAAUUGGAACGUGAACUGGCACUGGAUGAUGUUUCAAGCAUCAGAGACUUGCCUGCUUUCAAUCUUUUGUACAAAUAAUUAAUAUAAAUAUUUCAAUCUUUCAAUUUUCCUAUAAUUUCUAUCUGUAUUUAAAUAAUAAUCUGAGAGAUUCAGUCAGUGUAACAAAUAAUCAGUUUUUGCUGAAAUUGCUCGGCAAAUAUUUAUUUUUCUA